GAGUCUCGAGCUCUUUCACGCGACAGAGCAUCCAAUGAAUUCACCUGAAAUCUUUCAGCGACUCUUAUUGUUGAUUCUGCUAUUUUAUUUAGAUACACAUAGGAUAUUACACUUCACUGAUUGAUCUCGUUGUGUUAGUGUGAGAAAGAUCAGGAAGAACAGAAAGAACGGAGGAGUUUUACUACAAUGAAGCGAAUAUUGAUCCUGAUGCUGCUCGCGCUCGGGCUGUCCUGCGUGCGCGCGCACAGAGUGAAUAAGCACAAGCCGUGGAUCGAAACAUCAUACCAUGGCAUCAUCACAGAAAACACAGAUGUGGUUCUGUUGGAUCCUCCUUUAGUGGCUCUAGACAAAGAUGCACCAGUUCCAUACGCAGGUGAAAUCUGUGGCUUUCACGUGCAGGGUCUCAGCGCUCCGUUCGUGGCCGUGGUCCUGAACAGCACGUCAGGAGAAGGCCAGCUGCGGGCACGGGGACCGGUCGACUGCGAGAGCCACAGAGACUUCACCUUCAUCAUUCAGGCACAUGACUGCGGCACGGGGCCGGAGGGACGCGGGGAGAAGAGAUCACACAAGGCUGCGGUGCAUGUGCAAGUGGGAGAUGUGAACGAGUUUCCCCCAGUGUUCGGUCAGCUGGAGUAUCACGGCUCGGUGGCGGAGGGGAAAGUGUUUGACAGUAUUCUGCAGGUUCAGGCGUCAGACCAGGACUGUUCUCCACAGUACAGCCAGAUCUGCAACUACCAGAUCACCUCUCACGACACGGCCUUCGCUAUAGACCGCAACGGUAACAUCAGGAACACAGAGAGUCUGAGCUUUGAUCAAAAGUCACAUUAUAAAAUCCGCGUGACAGCGUUCGACUGCGGUCAGAAGAGAGCGGCGCAGGACGCUGUCGUACACAUACAUGUGAAACCCGUCUGCAAGCCUGGAUGGCAGGGCUGGAACCAGCUUGUCGACUAUGAACCAGGAACUGGCAGUAAGCUGUUAUUUCCCAAGCUGCACCUGGAGACAUGUGAGGGAUCUGUGUCCUGGAUUAGGACCACAGUGGACCUGGAAAGCAGUGGUGAUGGAGGAGGCUGUGACAGACAGUCGUACUCUGAGAGAUCCUCACAGAAGCUCUGCGGAGCUUCAUCAGGCAGCACAGAUCUUCUUCCGGCCCCCAGCGGCAUUUUUAAUUGGACGGCGACUCUCGUGACGGAAAGCGGUCGGGAUAGUGACCUCACAUACCGGUUUGAUGGUCGUCAAGCUGCUAAGAUCCCAGACUGGGUCGUCCCGCAGAAUCUAACCGACCAGUUCACCAUAACAACAUGGAUGAAGCACGGGCCGAGUCCAGGACAGAGGGCUGAGAAAGAAACGCUGCUCUGCAACUCGGACAAAACCGAGAUGAACCGACACCAUUACUCUCUGUAUGUGCAUAACUGCAGGCUGGUGUUCCUGCUGAGGACGGACUACACACACACACACUCCUUCAGACCGGCUGAAUUCCACUGGAAAUUAGAGCAGAUCUGUGAUAAGGAGUGGCAUUAUUACGUCAUCGGCGUUGACUUCCCAGUGGUGACUCUAUAUGUGGACGGCGUGACCUAUGACCCUUACCUCGUGACAGAUGACUGGCCCAUCCACUCCUCUCAGAUUGACGUGCAGCUGACUGUAGGAGCCUGCUGGCAAGGUGGCGAGGUCUCUAAAGCUAAGUUCACACAGUAUUUCCGAGGCAGUUUGUCUGGACUGACGAUACGCUCGGGGAAGAUUGAAAGCCAGACGAUCAUCUCCUGCCUACAGGCCUGCAAAGAAGGGCUGGACAUCACUUUACUGGAAAGCCUCGGACCGAGGAUAAAGUUUCACUUGAAUCCCGCUCAGUCUCUGGUGGUGAUGGAGGGCGAGGAUCUGGAGCAGAUGAACGGCGCACUGAGGAAAGUUUCUUACAUCAACUCUCGGCAGUUUCCCAGUAUGGGAGCGCGUCACCUCCGGAUCUCAACGGCAGUGCAGUGUUUCGGAGAGGACGUGUGUAUUUCUGUCCCUGAUAUUGAGGCAGCUGUCAUGGUAAUGCAGCCCAGUGAACCACGAAUCACAAUCACUGGGGCGGAGCACCUGACGAUCCCCGCCUCCGACCUUGCCCUAGGCCUAUCCCUGUUCAGAGAUUUGCAUAUCAUCAGCACAGUUACAAAAAGUGACGAACCUACAAACACAGAUCACAGGUCAGUUGUAUUGAAGGAAUUCACACAUAAUCUGGACUAUUGUGACAUCAUGGUGUUGGGGGAGGAGUUAAAGGCGGGGCUAGAGAGUCUUGAACUGCAACACAGCGCCUUAUUGGGCAAACACCUGGAAUACGCCAACUCUAGCACCGGCAUGUCCAUAUAUGGUGUAGACUCUAUUUCUCACUACACAGAGGUGAUUCGACAGGUGCGUUAUCAGAGCCGCCAGGCUGUCGAUUCCGUCCGCACUUUCAGACUCACCUGUUCUGAGCUUAAUGGACGUUACACCAGUGAUCAGUAUACAUUACAGGUCAACAUCCUUCACAGUGAGGAAGCUGUGGAACAUGUCAAUCAUGACAUGGCCCCGCCCAAAUACAUGCAAAUUAUUCAUCCUAAAGUCAUAGAAUCUAACAACUACUACAGCUUAGUUGUGCCUGCCGUUGCUUCCGCAGUCGGUGUGGUGUGUAUCGCCGCCCUGCUGGUGGUGCUGCUGGGUGUUUACCGUCUUAACCAACCACUAAACAAAGACAACAUACACACACACACACUGCCAGAGAAACAAGCGGACUGUGACGGCUCCUCUCUCUCCAUCACUGUCAACCCACUGGAGAACUUUCCGGAGCUUCAGUCAGCAGAAGAAGUAACCGAGGAGGAAGAAGAUGAGGAAGAGGAAUGUGGUGUAUCAAGUACCGAAUCAGACAGCGAUGUAGAGGAAGCUACCACAUCUUUCAUACAUCAUCAAACCAGGAUUCAAUGGGGGAAAGCAACAUUACACUGCUGAAAACACGCUCAAAACACAACGCUUACCUGUAGCAUUGUAGUGGCCUGCAAUACAAGCGAGUUUACAUGCAAACAAACGAAAAGACUCGG